GGAUGUUCACCGAGCGUAAUGAGCAUAAGGUACAAUUCAACUGUUGGCGAUAAAUUGGGAUGUGAGAACGAUGUCAACUUGCUAGUUUUGGAAUAUAAUACAAGGCUAGAGCAGAAGAUUGUUGACCUUAACCACAAAAUGCGAGGCGCCCAAGUCAUAUUCUGUGAUACUUACCGAGCAAUGAUGGAAUUCAUUUUUCAUCCUCAAGCCUAUGGUUUUUCGGAUGCAAAGAGUGCUUGCUGUGGGAUAGGCAAAUAUGGUGGAACGAAAGGCUGCCUGUCACCCGAUAUGGCGUGCCCCCGAGCUUCAAGUCACGUAUGGUGGGAUUUAUAUAACCCUACUGAAGCUGUGAAUAUCUUGCUAGCAAAUUCAGCAUGGUCCGGCAAUCCUUUGCCUUCCAUUUGUCGUCCGAUCACUUUUAAGGCAUUGGGAUCCUCUUCAUACUAGAAAACACAAGUCAGUUGUGCCUAGUUAGCACUGUUUUUUCUCAUUCUGGAGAGUUCCAGUGUGUAUUCUGUAGUAUUACUUGUACUUAGAAAUCUUUUUCUUUGGUUCAAGACUUUGAGAGAAGAGGUUUAGGAUAACCACACUUUUGGUUAGGUUUAAAGUAGAUGAAAAUGAGUUGUGCGUUACUUUUGUACUCAGCAAUAUGUUGGAUGAUGAGAAACAAAUUGAGUUGAGAAAAUGUACAUAAUAAAAUGUUCAGUUUGGGUGA